UAGAAAUCAAGAAAGAAAGACCUAUGAAAUAAGAUUGUUCUUCCUAUUGCAAUGAUUUUUUUUUUUGGUUUAAAAUUGAGAAAAAAUCAAAACAUACAGCUAUUUUCUCAUUGAUAAAGUCUGUUUAUUUCUAGAUUUAUUAUAUAAAAAUGAUACAAUGAAAAAUAAGUGCAAGAGCACACUAUCUAAUUGGUUUUGCAAAAAAAUUCACACUACCUCGGAAGACAUCAUUUAGAUAUCGUCACCAUCUCGUUAAAAAUCUAGAUUCACCACUGAAUAAUUGAGUAUUAACUGACAAGAAAUCAGAUAAGAAAAUUUCCAAAAACUAAUCCAGAAAGUCAAAAACUUUCAAAAAUCGAGUAUCUAUUUUUAUUUUACGUUCUCAUAACUAUCAGAAAAAGAAAUGCAACAGUAUGAUUCAUGCUCUUGGAAAUUAAAAAUCAUUUGAAAUGAAUAUGUUUGUAUUAGAAUUCCAUAUAGAAGAAUUUUCCUAAAUAUUGAGAAAAUUAAAGUCAUUCGUUUCUUUUAUUGAACAAAUUGUUCAAUGAGAUGUCGCUAUCAAUAACAUUGAGCACUAGUCACCUUGUUCAUAUAUUUCAUUGGCUACAAUAUUCCAAGGACUUUUUAUCAAGUGAUUCUAAUCCUGUCAUUAUUGUGUUUUUUUAAGUGCUCGCAUCUAUUUAGCUCGUGCAAUUUAUAUUCCGAAUAAAAGACAAAUGUCUCUUGUCACCCGAUAUGUUUCUCGUCUCGUGUUAUCAACAAUCCGAACGGUUUAUGAAUAUUUAAAAAGAAAAUUAAUAAAAAUUAGCUUUUUUACUUCUAUAGAAUAGUUUUCCUGGUGUGCAAUCAAAAUGUCAUGCAUCAACACAAACAACUGAUUUAAAAGAAGUUUUACGAGAUGUGAUACCCAAAGAACAAAAACGUGUAUCUGCAUUUAAGGCUCAAUAUAAAGAUACAUCAAUUGGGCAAGUGACAAUUGAUAUGAUUUAUGGUGGUAUGCGUGGUAUUAAAGGUCUUGUCUAUGAAACAUCUCUAUUAGAUCCAAAUGAAGGCAUCCGUUUUCGUGGAAAAACCAUAACAGAAUGUCAAAAAGAAUUACCAAAAGCUAAAGGUGGUGAAGAACCAUUACCUGAAGGUCUCUUUUGGCUUUUAGUUACAUCACAAAUACCAACUAAAGAACAAGUCGAAUGGGUAACAUGCGAAUGGAAUAAGCGGGCUGAAAUUCCUAAACAUGUUGUAACGAUGUUGAAUAGUUUACCAGCACAACUUCAUCCAAUGUCACAAUUUAGUGCUGCUAUUACAGUUCUUAAUCUUGAUUCAAAAUUUGCCAAAGCUUAUUCAGAUAAUGUACCAAAAUCGAAAUAUUGGGAGUAUAUUUAUGAAGAUGCAAUGGAUUUAAUUGCUAAAUUACCAACAAUUGCUGCUAUUAUUUAUCGAAAUUUAUAUCGUGAUGGUACAGCUGUUGGUAUUAUUGAUCCAAAAAAAGAUUGGUCAUGGAAUUUUGCAACUAUGUUAGGUUAUGAUAAUAAAAAAUUCGUUGAAUUACUUCGUCUUUAUUUAACUAUUCAUAGUGAUCAUGAAGGUGGUAAUGUUAGUGCACAUGCAAGUCAUCUUGUUGGUAGUGCACUUUCUGAUCCAUAUUUAUCAUUUGCUGCUGCUAUGAAUGGUCUUGCUGGACCACUUCAUGGUCUUGCUAAUCAAGAAGUUUUGGUUUGGAUAACAAAAUUAGUGGAAAAAUUAGGUGAAACACCAACUGAUGAUCAAAUAAAACAAUAUGUUAAAGAUACACUUAAAACAAGUGUUGUACCAGGUUUUGGUCAUGCUGUUUUACGUAAAACUGAUCCACGUUAUACGUGUCAACGUGAUUUUGCUCUUAAACAUUUGCCAAAUGAUAAUAUGUUUAAAAUUGUAUCACAACUUUAUAAAGUUGUACCACAAAUACUUGGUGAACAUGCUAAAAUUAAAAAUCCAUGGCCGAAUGUUGAUGCACAUUCAGGUGUUCUUCUUCAACAUUAUGGUAUGAAAGAAAUGAAUUAUUAUACUGUUUUAUUUGGUGUUUCAAGAGCACUUGGUGUACUUGCACAAAUGAUAUGGUCUCGAGCAUUAGGUUUUCCAUUAGAACGACCAAAAUCGUUGUCAACUGAUGCUCUUAUGGCUAUAGUAGCUGGACAAAAAAAGUGUGAUAGUGAUGCAAAAGAAAAAGCUAAAGUAUCGGCUUAA